AUUGAGAUAAUAUUUUUUUACCGAACUCAGGAGAACAUGGGGGAAGCGCUGUGUGUAAAUGCUCUCAAUCCUGGAUCAUGCUGUUGCUGUUCAGAGAGAAAGGGCUCUCAACGCACCCAGAGUACCCAGUCCGUGGAAGUGGAGUCUAUGAUGGAGUUACCAGAUCUGAACAGAGUGCCACAUCCCGUGGAUUCACUUCAAUCACAGUGGUUCCAAACACUCCAGCUACAAAAGUCUGGGGGGAAGAGACCACGGAGUAACAGCGAUCCUUCCCAGGAGACGGAUUUUGUGAAGAGAUUCCAGUGGCAGAGACAGGGCCUCCCGUUUGGAACGGCUUCAUCCUACCUGAACCUGGAGAAGCUGUGCGAAGGUUCUUACUCUACAGUUUACAAGGGGAUUAGCAGAAUAAAUGGCCAGCUGGUGGCUUUGAAAGUAAUCAGUCUGGAGACAGAGGAAGGAGUGCCUUUUACUGCCAUCCGAGAAGCUUCUCUUCUCAAGAGUCUGAAACAUGCCAAUAUUGUGCUCCUGCACGACAUUAUCCAGACAAAGGACACGCUGACAUUUGUCUUCGAGUACAUGCACACAGAUCUGGCACAGUAUAUGGCCCAGCAUCCUGGAGGACUUCAUGCUCACAAUGUCAUGCUCUUCAUGUUCCAACUUUUGCGAGGCCUGGCUUACAUCCACCAACAACACAUUCUUCAUCGUGAUCUGAAACCCCAGAACUUGCUCGUCAGUUGCCUGGGCGAGCUCAAAUUAGCUGACUUUGGUCUUGCUCGUGCCAAGUCCAUCCCCAGUCAGACAUACUCCUCUGAGGUGGUGACGCUCUGGUACCGUCCUCCUGAUGUGCUACUUGGAGCCACUGAUUAUUCUUCUGAUUUGGAUAUCUGGAGUGCAGGCUGUAUAUUGGUUGAAAUGCUCCAGGGUCAACCCAUGUUCCCAGCAGUUACUGGUACUCUGGAACAGCUAGAGAAGAUCUGGGCGGUGUUGGGGGUCCCAACUGAGGAUACCUGGCCAGGACUUUCCAAGCUUCCCAACUAUAAACCAGAGAGGGUCGUCUCCAGUAGACCUCAGAGGCUCCAAAUGAUCUGUGCCAGGCUGGGCCGGGUGCCAGGAGCUGAAGACCUGGCAUCGAAGAUGUUAAAAGCUUUUCCUCGAGAGCGGGUCUCUGCACAGGAUGCACUUGUUCAUAACUUCUUCAGCGCUCUGCCGUCUCGGCUGUAUCAGCUUUGUGAUGCACAGUCACUGUUUACAGUUCCGGGAGUGAGGCUGCAGCCAGAAAUCUGUGACCUAUUUGCUCCUUACCAGAAGGGUCAUCGCCAAGCCAGUUCAAGCAAGUUUUGGUGAAAAACAAGAAUGUUCAACGGCCUUUUAGUUUCACGCACGUCUGCCAGCUGAUUGGAUUCCCUUCUACAGAGGUGGAGGUCAUCCAAACUAUACAGCUCCAUCUCCCCACAGAAGGUGGACCAGUGUUCCACAAAAAACAGACCUUCCACUCUAUACCACUUACCUAGCCCAUGGUUCACUUCCAGAAUCGUUUGCCUUCUGUCUUUCUUCGCUUCCGGGAUAGGAAGGAUCUCAGAAAAGAUCGCUUGGGUAGUCGUCUUCUUCAGCAUGCGCCCAAGUUCCAUGAUGCCAUCUACUAUCGGUGAGAUAUUCCGCAAUGCAGUGUCUUUAGUGCCAACUUGAACCACGACCAACGGAUCCUUGCCCAUCCAUUUCAGAAGCCUAGCCAAUCUUUGAGUAACAUCUAAUGUCUUGGUUCCAGGUAGACAGAACGCCAUGCUGUUGUUAGGUAAAAAGCAAGUCCUUACUCACCUCUCCAGCACCCGAGUUCGUGCGGAGUUGGUAUGGGGCUCACAAUCUGUCAGAGACCAGACACCAAUUCGUUGAUCAACGGGCUCACACUAUCCUUAGCUUGAAAAGCUUCAGAGUAAGUGUGGCAAGUUUAUUAGGGGUGAGCAUCAAUAUUUAUACACAGAAGUAAACAAAGUGAUUAACAGAUCAUAAUGGUCAUGUAUAAUCAAUCAAGAUUCUACAGGAUAAAACAGGUUAAAAUGUAAAUUCAAAAAGAGAAAAGGGGAGAUGGCUACUUAAGGGGAGGGGGGUGUCAUGAGUAGUUCGCAGGUCAGAGCUUUGAUUAAAAGUUCAGACAGAGACAUCAAGUCUGGGUUAAGUUUAAGCUCAUCAAAAGUUCAGACUCAACACUGUUGUCCACUUCUAUGUUCUUUCAGUUCUUCUUUGUACUGAAUCCCUAACAAGGAUCAUCUGUCUUCCUUGGACAGUUGGAGAAUUCUUUGUGGGCAAACUGGCUUUUCUUACGGGUUGGGCCAAGCUGCCAUCCACAGAAGUAGACCACCACAUUUCUAUGUUAAAUUCCAACAUUUAAUCGUGUUUGGGGGAAGGGUUGUUUAUUUUUCAAAGAAAAAAUCUCUCCAAUGUACAGGAGUCAGUUGUUAGAUGGUAACAGCUUUUAACAAGUAGAAAGGCAUGGUGCAUUUCCAAAGUGUAUUAUUGACCAUAAUGGCUCUCCAUUGUCAUUGUAUAGUCAUUUACAAGUGCAAAAUGGGUGUCAAAAGCUACCAAGUCAGAAUGGUAGUGUUUUGCACUCUCUUUGCAAAGGUGUAAAUGAACAUACAAGGUUCAGGGCAGUGGAGGACCAAGAGCUAUUUGGAAUGAUUAUGGUCUGAUGUCUCCUUCUAACUAGGGGCCAUUAAGCACCAAAAACAUGUUAAAUGAAAGGAUUUGUAGUGACUAGAUGGUGACAGAAUUCUGUAAAGUGGAAGAUUGGAAGCAGAUCACUUUUUCAGAGUGGUGUUUGUUGGGACUAUGCAUUACAGAUUCGUAUGGAAAGUAGUUUUUGCAAUUGCAGAACAGCUGCUUUUCAAAGCUAUCUUCCCUUGCCCCAUAAAGCUCAAAUGGCCAAAGGGACAAAUCAUACUUUGUGCUCCUGUGGGUGGAGGAACAUGAAGAUCCUAGCAGAAGGAUGUACUGCCCCUCAGCACUCUCUUCCUAUUCCUGAUCACAUGAUGGAAGUGGUCCAUGGAUCUUCUGUUUAAAGAAUUUGUAGGUGGGACUUUGGGAUGGAGAGGGCAGGGAAACUGCUUACUCUACACAGCAUCACUGAUAUCACCUGCCAAUUCCAUAGGGAUUUUCUUCCUAAACUACUGAUGACUGGGGAAGCACUAAGGUAAGCAGGUUUCCCUUUUGUGAUUUGACACACACACCCCAGCGCAGCCCAGCAGUGAUUUCAGGGGCAACAGCUAGCCAGAGAACACCAUGCCUGGAGUUGUAUUGCCAUGGAGGCUGGAGAGGAGGGGCUACACAGGAAUACAGAGGCACUUGCCUCUAGCAGAUCUCCUAAGAUCCAGGCUGAGUGUGAGGGACCUUGCAAAUUCUUUGGUGCAUCAGGAAGGAGAAAGAGAUGAAACUGUGAAAUGGAUUUUAUGGUCCUACACUAUUUUUUCAAACGUGGAGAUAGCUGACUAUGGGGGAUGGAGGUCAUGCAAUCCAGACUCUUUCACCUCUAGGAUGCCAGUUCAAAUCUAGCCCUCCUGGGCUAGUCAUUUACCAUGUGCUGGGUGAGCCGUUCUGAGUUAAUAAUUAAAGUGCUUCCAGUGUGUAAAGUGUGAUAGUGUGGUAUUGUCAUCACUGUAUUGAGGUCUAUGUGAGAAGUUAUGCAUUUGCCAGUGGACACAUCACAAAAAAACCCUUUACAAAUGGCACGAAGAGAAAACCUUGAUAGCAGCAUCAGCAGAGAGGUCAAGGACUGAGUGAACUGUCCCCUCCCCCGACACUCCCUCAAGACAGGAAGACGGUUCAUUAGUAGGGCAGGGUGGGGAACAUAAGUGGAGAACUUCAGGCUCCAGCCCCACCACCACACCAAAAAAGCAGGUCACACAAAAAUAUUAUAUUUAAAAGACAUUUGAGUUAAAAAGCCCUUUAAUUUAUAAACAUCCUUUUUUAAAAUGUGCACAGCUUAGCAGAUUUUUUUAAUGAGUAUUGACCUUAAAAAAAAAAAUCAAACAACCUCUUUGCCAGAUUAAGAGUCUCAAUGUUUUGCUUCAGCCGAGAGUGAACUUUUAUGGCCAAUUUAUAAAACCCAAGAAAAAAAGCAGAGUUUUCUAAUAGAAAUGCUGACAAAACUCUAUCCAUAAUGCCACAAAUGGGCAAUGCACCGUGCACAAAAAAAUCCCACCAUAACCCAGAACUGCAUUUGGAGAACACAGAUAAAAGACCUGACUUGGGUCAUGUGACAGGUGUCACUUCAGUAAUGAUAUUGGGGGCAGAGAUAAAAGUCCUCUCACUCUGGUCAUGUGACACAGCUUCAUUACUCUCACAGCAGGUGGUCCGCAAGGCUCAAUGCCUUUAUUUUAUUUAUUUAUUUAUUCUGUGAUAAUGAGAAAAUGUUUAAACUCCCAUCCCUGUGUUUAAACACUUCUUCCUGCUGACAGCAGCGGGGGGAUCCCUUGAUCAACUGUCAGAUUGGAAAGUGCAAUUUUUCUGGAAAGUAAACAGCAUGUUUGCCAGUUGGAAAUAAUUUUCUGUUUGUUGGGACGGCUGGUGUUGGAGUGAGGGAGCCAUGUCAUGGCGUCUGACAAGUCAGGAAUGGGGAAUAAGAAACAGGCUAAAAAAUACCUUUUGUACUGUGCCUCUGAUAACAAGAGCCUGAGAUUUUUUGAUAUUUCACUAUUGUCAUGUGGUAAAAAUAAAAUCACUUAAGGAUUGUAUAUGAAAAACUUUUAAAGCAAUGGCUCAGACUGAGGAUGGACACGUGGGACCUACUGCUAGCUAAACCCACUGUGUUUUAAUAAAAAGAAGAACAGGAGUACUUGUGGCACCUUAGAGACUAACAAAUUUAUUAGAGCAUAAGCUUUCGUGGACUACAGCCCACUUCUUCGGAUGCAUACUUUCCCUCAUCUCAGGUGAUUAGCCAAGAUGGUCAGAGAUGCAACCCCAUGCUCUGGGUGUCCCUAAGCAAGGACUGGAUGACAGGGGAUGGAUCACUCAAUAAUUGCCCUGUUCUGUUAAUUCCCUCUGAAUAACAUAAAGGAGACUCUUGAGCUUCCAGCCCUCUAUGUGGGAUGAGACUACGAAGUGAAUUUUAUGGUCCUAUAUUAUUUUUUCAAACUUGGGGAGCUAACUGGCUAUAGGGGAUGGCAUUGGCCACUGUUGGAGGACAGGAUAAAUGAACCACUGGUCUGACCCCGUUUCGCCAUUCUUAUGAAAAUGAAGUAGAACUAGAGAUGGUGCUCAGAUACUAGGUGAUGAUGAUUGUAUCGGGAAGGGUAUAUUACAUGGAUUUGACGUCACAGCAAUGAGAUGUUCCCUUUUUUUCAAGGAUGAGAAAAAUGAAAGACAACUAUCAUACAACACAGAAACCAUGAGGGUUAAUGGAAGUCAGUGGGAGUUUGGAGUGUAACAAGGAAUGUAGGCUUAGGUCCUAUGAUUACAGGAAUUAAACCCAGCUAUGAUAAUUGGUGUGUUAUGUCUGAAGUCAUAGGUACAUGAUACCAUGAAACUGUUCAUAACUGCCUUGGAAUCAAACAAAAUAUAACUUUAUGAUCUGUACAUUUUCUCUCUUCUAUUAGACAAAUAUAUUUUAAGUCAAUUGUCAUUAUACACUGUGUAUAAGAUUUCCAUUAAAAAUUAUUAUUCAAAUGUACAUUCACACAGAGACUCACACGGCAUUGUAUAUGCAAACAGGAGGAACCAUGUUAAACUUGAUUGCAAUAUUCAAUAAACUAAAUGGCACCAUUUGCUUAC